AUGGCAGAUUCUACCACCCUUUUUGGUAUUGGCUCUCACUUGCAAGUGAAUCAUGUCUAUCCUGAACAACUUGAGCUCGACGAAGACGAUAGUCCUCGGCCAAUGAGUUCUCUAUCCGGCCUCUACUCCGAGAAGCUUUUUUCGAGGUCACCUUCAAGAGGAGUGGCAUCCUCAGCUAGUAAAACCCCAUCUAGCGCUACCACGGCAAGAAAGGAACAUACUCCAGGGGUUCGUGCUGGCACGGUGUCACCAGUGGUUCUGCCAAAGGAAGAAAAGUCCCUUGAGUCUCGCGGCGGCAGCUCUCCAGGCAAACCAGUCACUUCCAACCAUCUUCCAAGCACACUCGGUACCAUACUGGCAGAACUUGACGAGACCUGUCCAAGCAUUGCUAUGGCCCGUUUCCAAGGCGAAACGCAUCGACAUGAGCGCUUUGCGAUCGGUUCACUUCCAGCCUCACCGAACGCUGAACGCAACCUAGAUGGAACAUCAUCGUUGUCAAUAUCUCUCUUUCCAGAAUGGUAUCCAGAGAAGACCGCUGAGGGAUCCCCCGUGAGAGACGUGGCUUCCCAGGGAAGGACUAGAAAACGGACUUGGGAGGGCGAAGACGGUAGCAAUGUGUCUAGUGGUAAUAACAAGGACUGGAACAAGGUUAUGAUGCACCAUGAAGGUGAUCCUAGCGACCUCAUCGCUGUAGAUCAAUCAGAAGAAGGCGAGGCCUCUCAAGCGUGUGCCGCAGACCUUGUGUUUCGAUUGACCCGUCAGCCGCGCGACCCUACGGGGCUCAGACCACGGGUCCAUAGACCGGGGAAGUGUAGGAAACGGCCAAAGAAAGUGGAGGAGGAUCAGAAUUCUUAA